AUGGAAUUUCUUUCAAACUGGUUAAAAUUUGUUGCAUUAUUUAAAAUUAUUUCUAGUUUACUCAUUUUUAAAGAAGACUUUUAUAAAAAUCAAAUGAACAAUGAUAAAAAGAAAUUAGUGAACCCUCUUUUUUGUAGAAUAUUACAAAUAUGGUUUUUUUACACUGGAGUUGUAUCAUUAUUAACAACCUACAGUUUAGAUAAUAAAGAGUUGGUUUUAAGUUGUUUCAUUUCUUAUUUGAUACCACUUCCAUAUUUGAUAAAUGAAUUCUUCAUUCAUAAAACCUAUGCCAAGAUACAUGCAUUGCAUAUACUUCCAAUUUGCUUAAUAUCAAUAAUUGGGUUAUUUAAUCAUCUUUUGGUAAAUUUUUAA